AUGAAUCAUCCAACUACUCCGCAACACCAAAAAGAGGAUUUCCGCACUUUUAUCACAAGAGUGAACGUCAAAUUUGGUCUCGAGAUUCCCCUCCCUGGAAUUGAGUCCCCCUCGGCCAGAGAGAGAAAUACCAGCCUCCCGAGUCAGAUCUACAAGCAUAUCCGCCCGCUGUUCUUCAAUAACAAGGUCGACAAGAAAAGCCUAAUUGGCAAUCUCGAGGAAUGGGUCCGCGGGAACCUGCCGUUAGCCGGCCAGAGCCAUGUCCAGAACCAUGUCUAUCAAACCAACGCAGAUCGCCGGGCAAGCCAACGCCAUCACAGCGAGGAACCCGCGCUCCCUCUCUCGCUCACCGGCCCUGAGAAGGAUAUGUGCAUGAAGCAGCUGCUAGCGCUCAUGGAAGACGAAGAAUAUUUUUUGGCAAAUGGUCGCGUUGUAAACACCAAAAAAAGGUUAGCCGCUAAUUCUUUUGGAGAUGCCAAGGGCUUAUCACCAAAGAAACAAAGGUUUGAUGAUGAAGAUGAAGACGAAAACUUCCACACCGCACCGAAUUCCCACGUGAAAGGAUCUGUGCUAGCUCAGUCCCCUUUGGGAAAGAAUGGGGAUGGAGGUUUACAAUUUCCCGAGAUGGUGCAGGCUGCCUUUCGAGGGCCCCGGAGGAAUUCUGGGACCGUGAACUUGCCAGUCAAUAGUCAUCGAGCAAUUCAGUCUCUUGUACAGCCGUCGAUGGGAAUUGCGUCGCCAGCAAAAAGUCAAGUUCACCGGUCGCCCGGAAGGAACAAUAGACCCAUUCAGUCGCCUGGGAAUAACAAAGAGGACUUCCCUUCCCCGGCGAAGUAUUCGGCGACCUUUCCUCCGCCAGCAAAGGGACAACCAGCACAGGGCCAAGGGUAUAACCAAUCGCCCCCUCGGAAAGUGGUCACUAAAUCAUCAUCCAAGCCUCAAGGCAAUGUUCCCCCUCGGACGAGAAAUUCGACGAGCACUUCGUCGCCAGCGAAAUCUCCAGGGAAUGCCCAAUCACUCGCGAAGAACCAAGGAUCUGUCCGAUCGCCCUCCAAAACCCCGAAAUCGGUCAAAUCACCCUUCCAAUCGCCGUUGAAACAAAUGGAUCUUCGAUCGUUUGGCUUUGGCAACAGCUUCAGUAAAGAAACUUCUCCUGCUCAGGAAGAUGUUGAGUUCAAAAAGCCUACUUUAUUUGAAAAGCUUAGCGCGGCAUCCAAUGAAUCGAAGCGCAACAAUAUGACACAGUCAGCCAAUAAUAGCUUUUCAACGACGAUCACUCCGUCGGUCUUUAUGUCUCGCGAUCCUAGCAUGGGGCAAUCGUUUGAUUCGGUCAUGACAGAAAUGACCGAGCCAAUGGAUACCCAGUCAACCUAUGCAGACUCGGUGGUCGGGUACAUGGCUAGCGACGAGAUGCAAAGAAGCGUGGACGCUGCUGCUAUCUCCAUGAUGGUAAAUGCUGACCCCGCUGAAACGGAGUAUUCCCUCAAACAGGAGUUUAUUGGUGAGCUCCUGUCCUACGGUCCUUUUUCAAGGGAAGAAUCCUUCUCGGCGUCAAUUCCAUUGAGAUUCCGAUAUGAGCUGGAGCGCAUUGCACGUGCGUGGGGAAUUCCCUUCAAACAAAUACUCGUUGGCGACCGUGUUACGUUCAACACUCAAGAUGAUUUCUGGUCAUGGGUCAGCGGGCUUGGUCGACGUUAUGGUCAUCCGUUGCCAGGGAGAUCGCCGCGCCGCGCCUGGGAUGCUGCUAUUGGUGAUUUCAAAUCCGAUAAGCACUCAGAGGUGGUGGUACUUUCAGGAGACUUGGACUGGUGUGACGAGUCCGAGCCGGGUAUUUUCAAAUUAAGACUCAACCCCCUCAAGCCAGAGCGGACGUGUCGAUUCCACCGAAGAUUUGGAUCGGAUAGAUUCCUGACUCUUACUGUUCCAGCCGCAGAUCGGCCUCCAAGCCAUCAGAAGCAACCUUCUUACCCAUCUGUCCUUCGCGAGAGUAUCGCUUCCUGGCUCACACGGAAUGAUCAUCGUUGCCUCGGGAGGACGUGGCGGGCUUUCUAUGUUGAAGAAGUAAAGACCAAGCGAAAAGCCAAGGGUGAGCCUCGGUUUCGGGUCGAGCUCUUCGCCAUUGAUGGCGAUGACUUUGAUCAUGGGCACCAGUUACCACCACUGGUGGCCCCUCCUCGACAGCAAAGUGACAACUAUACUCCGAUGAGUGUGGAUGCUUUGCUGGAAUGGCAUAUGCCCAAAACUGCGAAUGCGAAUCAAAGCAAUUGCAAGCUCUUCCAGCGUAUCUCUCUGGGCUUGUCGAAGACAUUUGCGACAGUUAAGUUAAAGCCAACGCAAGUGCUUCGUUUGAGAGACGAUCCAACCCGAACUGUCAUGAAUGACGGAUGUGCUUUGAUAUCGAGGACUCUUGCGAACCAAAUUUGUGAUCAACUGGGCAUAACCACCGCCACCCCCAGUUGCUUCCAGGGCAGAAUAGCAGGCGCUAAGGGCCUCUGGAUGGUUGAUUGCCACCAAUCUAGUAUCGCUGCCAUAAGCGACGAUGGCAUCUGGAUUCAGAUCUCGGACUCGCAGUUGAAAAUACACCCUCAUCCACAGGAAUGGGUUGACUCGGUUGAUGAUGAGAAGUUGACCUUCGAAGUAGUCAACUGGGCUAAGCCAUUGCACCCUGUUGAUCUUAAUAUCCAGCUUCUUGCAAUUCUGGAAUUUGGAGGGAACGUGAAGGAGUAUAUUGCCAAGCUCACGCGUGACGGUGUGCAGAGUCUUUACGAUGACUUCCUUGAAGUUCUUCGAUCAAACAGUCCCGUGGUUUGUCGAGCACUGCUUCAGAAGCUCAGACCCACGGGCGAGGAUGGAACUGGCAAAGCACGACGAUUAGAGCACUGGCUUUGCGCCACGCGACUUUUUCCUCUCCGGAUGAAGAUCCGCCAGUAUUUGACAUGGCUUCUUGAGCGACAUGUCGAAGAGCUCAAAAUCCAGGUCCCUCUCUCAACCUAUGCUUACUGCAUUGCGGACCCGUAUGGAGUUCUCGGACCGGACGAAGUUCACUUUGGCUUCUCUAACAACUGGCGGGAUCCACAGGGCCAGUUUGAAGACAACCUCCUGGAUGGGAUUGAUGUUCUCGUGGGCCGACUGCCAGCCCAUUUACCGUCCGAUAUCCAACGGCGCAGAGCUGUAUGGAAGACUGAACUGCGUCAUUUUAAAGAUGUGAUUGUGUUUCCCACCACAGGAAAUUUUCCUCUAGCCGGUAUGCUAUCCGGGGGAGAUUACGAUGGUGACACGCCGUGGAUCUGCUGGGAUCCAAUGAUUGUAGAGAUAUUCCACAAUUCCCCAAUGCCCUCACAUGAAUAUCCUGCAGAGCAUUACGGGCUCACGAAACACUCCGUCCCAAUGGCUUCGCUGGAAUCGACGGAAGACUUUUUGGAAAGUGUGUUCGAUUUCAACCUCAACCUUUCAAACCUGGGUCGAUGUACUGUCGAGCAUGAGAAACUAGCAUACGAUGAGUCAGUCGACUCUUCGAAAGCGAAAGAGCUGGCCUGUCUCUUAGGUCAUCUCGUGGAUGGCCGGAAAGGUGGAGUUCAUCUUUCAGAGCAAGCCUGGAAAGAAUACCGCAAAACCAUCAGCCCUAAGCAACGUGCGCUUCCUGCGUAUCGGAACCCAGAGCGCAAGUCCAAAUCGUCGAACAUUGUCGACUACCUCAAGUUUAACGUCGCACAGUCGGAGCUUCGCAGAAUUCUCUCGGGUCUCAAUGAGGCGUUCCCCGAGAACGAUAUCCAAAAUCAGCUCGACGAUGACCUCAUUCGUCCAUGGAAUGAAGCCGAUGAAGCAUCGAAGAGCAAGUGUGAGCACAGUCAAGAAUUAAAAGACGCCCUCGGUGAAGUUCGACGCUCGAUAGACGAGCUAUACAAGCAGUGGAACCAAGGACACUCUGCUUCUACCGGCGACGAAUUCUCUGCCAUAUCACGUCAGGCUGUUGAGAGUGUGGGUGCACUCCUUCCUCCCCAGGCGGGCAGACAUCCGCUCAUCCACACGUGGCAAAACAGCCGCAAUGAAUGGCGACAGUUGGUAGCUUCGUAUGCCUACCGUCGAUGUCCAAAUUCACGGUUUAUCCUUCACGCUUUUGGCGAGACAUUGUGCGAAAUCAAGGCCUCCGUCUCGCCAUCCCGCCUUAUCACUAAUGAGGUGAUCGCCUGCUACCGAGUGAAUCAGAAAAUGGUGGCACAUCUCACGGCCAAUGAAUUGCCUGGGGAUGAGGCCGACAAUGCAGACGAGUAUGAAGACGGAGAAGCCAUUGAAGCUAUGCUAUCCUUUUAG